GGCGGCAGCGACUGCGCGCUCCCGGGCCUGCGGGCGGGAGCCUCGGAGGGACCCCGGCUGAGCUCUGCCGAGCUAGCCAGGCGGGCCCGGAGCUGCCCCGCUGCGCAGAGCGGGGCCCGACAUGACCGCGAUGCCAAUUUGGCCAGAGCCCCGCCGCCUCGGGGACGCAGUAACUUGGUGAGGGGCACAGAGCUGCGGACUAGAUUGCCCCUGUGCUGGCCGCUCCCGCCAGAGGUCGCCUGUCGGAGCCUUGGUCCGGCCCAGGGGCGAGGACGACCCCAGGCCGGCGGGUGGGACGUGUGGAAACGCCGUAGGACAGGUAGAGUGAGUCUGAGGCCGGUGGAUGAACAGACAGAAGCUGAAAGAUCCCCCAAGAGGAUGCGUGAGAGCGCCGCGUGGAACUGGAGCACGAGCGGCUGGCUGCUGGCGCUCUGCCUCGCCUGGCUGUGGACCCUCCUGGCCUCGGCUUCCUUGCAGCCUCCGACCCCCACAGUCCCCGUGAAGCAGGGCACCUGCGAGGUGACAGCUUCCCAUCGCUGCUGCAACCGGAACCGCGUUGAGGAACGCUCCCAGACUGUCAAGUGCUCCUGCUCCUCCGGCCAGGUGGCUGGCACCACCCGGGCAAAGCCCUCCUGUGUGGAUGCCUCCAUCGUCCUGCAGAGGUGGUGGUGCCAGAUGGAGCCCUGCCUGCCCGGGGAGGAGUGCAAGGUGCUCCCGGACCUGUCGGGAUGGAGCUGCAGCCGUGGACACAGGGUCAAAACCACCAAGGUGACACGAUAGCUCUUGGGGUCACGGCAUGGGCAGGACAGCUUGACCGAUCUGUGGACUGAAGCACGGUAUCCAGUUAUCAGCCAGCAAAUUUGGAGGUUCACUUACCUGGACACACGCCCCGUGCCACAUGCAGUGUCACUUUUUCCAGGGGCAUUUCGGUUGAGCUACUGAACGGAUGUGAACGGCUCCCCAGCCACAUACCUAGUGUUGUGCUGGGCUCUUCCGGGGGACACGGAAGGAGGUCAAGAUACAAUACCUGCCCUCAAGGAAUGGCCCGUCAAGCUGAAGAGCUGACAAAAGGCAAUUUAGAUAAUUUAGAUUAAAGUGUGUGGUACCAGACUGUGGCUUCUGGGCCAUGGGCUGUGGGCAUGUUGGAGGUUUGGGGAUGAAACCCCCACAGCUCUUUCAGCCACCCCCUGGCCACGGGGCACAGAAACAAGAGGUCGCAUUCACCCCCACCACUUGCCUCCCUCACGUAAGUCCAGAUCCCCAGCAAGCCGCAGUAUGUUGAAGGAAGACACUUACCCCCAUGCCAGACAGGCUGUACAUCCUUUGGCUGGACUUGGGGAAAGAAGGCAGAGAGGGAGCCAAAUUCGCCAGGGAAGCUUCUGCAGAGAUGUCUGCUGGUUUGGGUGGUUUGUUGGGUAGAGGAUGGACAGGACCUUAAAAUCACUGCCAUCCAAGCACCUUGAAUUUUUGUUUGCUUGUUUGAACAGACGGGGACAAGUCCCAGAGAGAAGAGGUGACUUGCCCAAGGCUUCACAGCUUGGGCCUCCAUCUCUCUAAGACUACUGAUCUUCCAGUUUGGCCAGGAAGUGGGAGCCCAACCUGGGUCUUCCACGUUGCUUUUAUCUCAAGAACAGGAACCUCUAGAUAACGGGCUGGAUAGCCGCAACAUUUUUCUCGGGAGAUCCUGUGGCAGGAACUUUUCCCGAACCUUUUCCCAAGGUCCCCGUUCUCCUAUCUGAAGUAAUCCUGAAUGCCUACACACCAGGAUGUGGGGACACUGGAUCUCCAUUCUGCCCUCAGGUCCAAAAACUCCAGACAGGCCCCAUGGCAGCCCAGAGGCCACCCAGCCCAGUGACAGCCGGGACACUCUGAGCUGGCAGCCCCAUUGCCUGCCCUGACCCAUCCCUUGCAGAAUCCUGUGGCUGUAACUCUCAGAGACCCUGGCGCUAAGAGAGGGUCUGGGUGGGGUCCGGGCUGGUCAGCCCUUCAGAGGUCCUCAAAGGUCCUGCUGGGCUGGGUGGAACCUCUGGCCGGGGUUGAGGGGUGGCCCAGUCAGGGUAUCUCAUCAGUAAGAGAACCGCAGCCUCAGUGACAGCUGGGAUCAGCUGGGAUGGCCAGGACUGCAGAGUGGGGGCGGGGGGCCUGCGGGAAGGGUGUCUGUGAGUUUAGUCUGGACAACGCUGAAUUCUAACCCUCAGUCUAAGGGCUGGGGGCUGAGUCUCAGGCCCUGCCUACUUCCCUCCCUCCCUCCCACCCCGUUCAGUAGAACCAAAACUGUUCACCCCCCUCCAAGGCUUCUCUUCUAGUUUUCGGUUUGUUUUGUUUGGCAUAAUAAGAUGAACAAAGACGCCGGCCUCUCACUGGACUGUAGCUGUCAGACCUCUGACAACUGGGAAUCAACAUAGUGGGUGGGAUGGUCAAGGAGCAGGUCAAAUGUUCUCAUCACCCUCAAGGCUGGGGGGUGGUUUAUGGGGUUAGCAUACUUUCUAGAAAGGGCCAGAUGGUAAAUAUUUUAGGCUUCACAGGACACAUACCGUCUCUUUGGUGUAUUUUCCUUUGGUGUUGUCUGUUGUUGUUGUUGUUGUUUUUUUUUUUUUUAAACUUUUAAAAAUGUAAAAGCUAUUCUUAGCUCAAGGGCUAUACACAACCAGGCCCCAAGCUGCUUUGGGAAGGUUGCCAACCCCAGUGAACCUUUGAAGGCAGCCAUCCCUCAUGUCAGCAGCUUAGGGCUGCUUCCCGGCCUCCUGGCCCGCCUCCCAUGCAGUGGGAACCUGAGUGUGAGGUCUGGGUCAGGUUUUGUUUUUCUCCUAAUGCUCCUUGAGAGAUCGGUGAGUGAAUUAUUUAGGCUACUAAUGAGGCAGCUUUAGCAGAGUCAUAGAAUAAGAGCCCGCCCUCCUGGAGGCCAGGAUACGGGCUUCUCCCCUUCCCUGCCCCUGGAGACUGGGCUGGGAGGGACAGAGAGGGCUCCAGCCCCCUGCCCGCCCACUGUGCCCACCAGCUGCGGGGCUCUGAGCUGGGGGAAGAGCCUGAGGAUGGGGAUGCUGCUGUACCAGCUCCACGCCCCUGCGCUGCCAACCACUGCCAGCCCCUGCCUGAUCGAAGUCCAAGCUCCCUCACCUCUGCCCUUCUCUCAUCCCUGCUUACAGAGACCACUUUCCUUUGGCAAAUGCUGAAAUUUGCCAGUUCAUUUUUUAACCUCUCAAAACCUCCAUUUCCUCCUGACCUACCCUGGUGGGCUUUGAGGGGCGUUCUUUACGUGGCCAGGAGAGUGAGCCCCACAUAGCAGGGUCUGGUGGAGAAGGGAAAACACCCCAUCUCCCAACCGUAGCUCCCUACGGUCCUGUUUCCAACUAAGUCAAUAUUUGUGCACAUUUUAUAGCUACUUCAAUGGCGGUUUAGGAAUGCUAAUUAAUUUUCUGAGCACAGGCGUCCUGGAGUCUUCUGUCUUCUCCCCUUAGUGGGAUGGGAUCUCAGGUUCCCCAGAGUUAGCUUGUGUCCCCACCCGCUCCUUAGGAAGGUUGCCAACUAUAGGCGAUCAUGUGGCUAAUUUCUGUGACCUCCUGGCAGUCUCAUUAGUCUGUGAGUGACAUCCUAAUUAAUGGCCCAGGCAGUUGCCUAAAGUUGAGGCUGCAAUUUCCUCAGAUCAGAAGCUUAGAGAUAGAGGGGAUGUUAGAGAUCAGUUAGCCAACUCCCUCAUUAGACAGACGAGGAGAGGGAGGCUCAGAGAGGUUAGAUGAUCUGCUCAAAGUCACACAGCAAGCUGGUGGCAUUUCCUGCCCAGUGAUCCAGACACGUGCUCUUUGUACGACCACACGUUACCUCCUCUCUCCAGUGCCGAUGAGGAGGCUGAAAGAAGCCAGGAUUUCAGCAAGGAUGGGUGUGAGAGUCUCAUUCCCAAACUACUCAACUCUGAGUGCAAGGGGACAGAACAAGAAGAAUGGAAAGGAUUUACAGAUACAGACACAGAAAGAGGGCAGUGGGGACAAAAAGAAGAGAUUGAGAUCACUCAUUCAGAACAUCAAACACAAAAGCAUAGCACAAAAUAAUUAGGACAAAAUUGAUGCCACAUCCAAAGUGGUCGAUUUUUGUCCUUUUGGAGGAGACAGAAGAGAGCCCCUACCAACCUUUGGAAGACCUGGGAAGCCAGCCUCAAUGGCUUCUGGGUUCUUUAGACCCUAGUGUGGAGGUCUGCAAACUAAGACCCAUGGACCAAAUCCAACACAUGGCUUUGUAAAUAAAGUUUUAU